AUGCGGCAGGUCCCGGGCGCUGCCCGCUACCAACAUGGCCGCCGCGGCCGCCUCAGGGCCCGCCCGGUGCGCAUGCGCGGUGCGAUGCAGCGGGCCGCGCUGAGGGCGCUGCUCCGCGCGCCGCCGCCAUGGCGGCCCCGCCGCCCUCCGCCCGGCCUGAGGGGCCCGGCCCCCACCGCCCUAGCGCCUCUCUGGGGUCCGACCCGCACCGUCCCGGGGCCGCUCUGGAGCCCGGCCCGCCCGCUCUGCACCGCUCCGGGACCGCCGCCGGCCACGCACUAUCGCCUAGUGUACACCUGCAAGGUUUGCCAGACCCGCUCAGCCAAAUCCAUCUCUAAGGCCGCCUACCACCGAGGGGUGGUGAUCGUGACAUGUCCCGUCUGCAGAAACCACCAUGUCAUCGCCGAUAACCUGGGCUGGUUCUCCGACCUGGAGGGAAAGAGGAAUAUCGAGGAGAUCCUGGCAGCCAAAGGGGAGAAGGUGAGACGUGUGGCUGGUGAGGAAGCCCUGGAACUGCUGCUGGAAAGCUCGGCAGAGCCCAGGCCCCAAGGUCAGCUGGUGGAAGGGGACAGCGGGGAAACCCCCUCAGAGCCUGGCAGCAAGGGACACACCUGACACAAGGGAUUGUGGCCAGUGGGACAGGUGUGACACAUGGGAUUUGGGUCAUUUGGCUCGUGGCAAGAGACUCUUCACACUCAUUCCCCAAUUUCAACUGUCUGUGUUUCAAAUAAACUCGGGUGUUGGGUUUUC